AUGAGUAGUGAGACUGAAACUGAGGUUGUCGAAAACCCAAGUGAAAGUAUCACAGAAGAAGAACAACCUCCUGUCAUCGAACCAACCCCAAUUGCUCGAAACACACGAAAGCAAGCGUCUAUGGAGAAAGCUCAAGACGAAGACAACGAGAAAAAACUAACAAGAAAGUUCGAC